AUCUCUGCAAAGCGAUGAACACAUUGUCAGGUUCUCUUCUUUCCUUGCUGAGAAAUUGUAGCACUAUUAAUCAAAUCGCCCAAAUUCAUGCUCAACUCGUCGUCCAUGGCUUCCCUCUCCACAACCAUUUUAUCGAGAAGCUUGCCGAGUUCAGGUGCAUGGACUACGCUCGCGCAAUCUUUGAUCGUCUUCCUGUUGCCAACGAUUUCUCCUGGAAUACCAUGAUCAAGAACUAUGCCGUCAACGGCCCUCCGGAGAAUGCGAUCUUGUUAUACUGUGAGAUGCUUGAAAAUUCCAUUAAACCAAGUAAUUUUACCUUCCCGAUGAUGCUAAAAGCUUGUUCACAUAUCUUGGCUAUUGAAGAAGGCAAGCAGAUCCAUGCCCAUAUAUUGGAACUUGGGUUUGAUUCGGAUUUGUACGUUGGGAACUGUCUGAUUGGCUUUUAUGCGUCCUUUCAUUACAUUGAUGAUGCCAAGCAAGUAUUUGGUGAAAUGCCUGAGAGAGAUCUGGUCACAUGGAACACUAUUAUCUCAGGGUAUGUCAGUGUUGGUGAAGUCAAGAUUGCACAUCAAUUGUUUAAUGAAAUUCCUAUGCUGAGGAAUGUGAUUUCUUGGACUGCACUUAUGAGUGGAUAUGGUCAGGCUGGAAGACCGGCUGAGAUGGUGCAUUUAUUUGUUCAAAUGUUGAUUUCAUCAGACAAAGUUAUUCCAAAUUCAGCUACUAUGGUAUGUCUUGUAUCAGCAUGUUCAGACCUUUGCAACUAUGAAUUGGGCAAGUGGAUUUGUGCAUUCAUUGACGUUAACAUCGUUCCUUUGGAUAUAACAUUGAGUACAGCUCUUUUGGGUCUCUAUGCCAAACGUGGCAUGAUCCAUAAAGCACGGAAAAUGUUUGAUUCCUUGCCAGGGAAAAAUUUGGUAUGUUGGAAUGCAAUGAUUAAUUGUUACAUGCAGUCCAUGAUGCCAAAUGAAGCAAUUCAAUUAUUUGAUCAGAUGUAUGAGGAAGGAAUGAAACCAAACGAGAUCACGAUGGUGAGUUUGCUAUCUGCUUGUGCUGUUUUAGGUGCAUUAGACCUUGGAAAGUGGCUUCACCUUUAUAUAAAUAGGAGCGGUCUUAAUCUGAAUGUGAUCCUUGGUACCGCUCUGGUCGACAUGUACUUCAAAUGCGGAUGUGUAGAUAAUGCUUGUCAUGUGUUUGUAAAGAUGCCAAGCAAAGAUGCAGCUACCUGGAAUUCCAUGAUAUCUGGACUUGCAAUCCAUGGAAAUAGCAAGGAUGCACUCACCAUUUUUUCUCAGAUGAAGACUGUUGGCUGGCUUCCUAACGAUAUUACUUUCGUUGGAGUUCUGUGUGCUUGCAACCACUGUGGGCUUGUUCAAGAGGGCCUUGCUCAUUUUACAAGCAUGUUUAAAAAGUAUAAUAUAACACCCAAGGUUGAGCACUAUGCGUGCUUAAUUGAUCUCCUUGGUCGAGCAGGGCAUGUGUAUGAGGUGAUUGCCCUGGUGCAAAGCAUGCCUUUUGAACCAGAUGCAGUCAUAUGGGGUUCUGUCUUGAGUGCUUGUAGAAUUCAUAAUGAUGUAGAAUUGGCUGAUCGCAUUGGCCAAAUUGUUGUAACGCCAGUGUCUUCAAAUCAUGGAAGUUGCAUUUUAUUGUCAAAUAUAUAUGCGGCUGCUGGUUGGUGGAAGGAUGUUUCUGUCGUUAGGAGGCAGAUGAAACAGAUAGGGCUAAGGAAACCAGCUGGGUCUAGUUGGGUUGAAGUUGAUCACACCAUCCAUAGGUUUCUCGCUGACAAUGUAACACACCCAAAAUCUGUAGAGAUCUUUGAAUUGCUAGAAAGGUUAAUGGUGCAUAUAAAAAAUGAAGGUUAUGUCUCCAGUUUUGAUCUAGAACUGCAAAACCAAGAAGGUUCCUAAUGAUGUUCAUAUAACAGCUAAACUUUGAUCUUGUACUCAACAUGGAAAUGGGCCCCUUCAUUCGCUAACCCUGAAGCUGAUACCUAUCUGCUUAUCAUUUCCGAGAGUGACAAUAUAGUAUUGCCAACUCAUAAUAUAUGCUCUGGCCAUCAGCGACACAAAGUUUUUAUAUGAAGCAGGAAUACAAGAGUCUGCGCCAUGUGCCUGGAACUUGACACCUAAAAGGCUAAAAACAUGGUGAACAGAUGGAGAUGUCCUUCACAAUCUUAGCAUGAACUAAGAGCAGACUAUGCAUUCCUUGUGGAUAUUCCAAAAUUUGCAGCUAUAUGGAUCUUAGUUGUAUGAUUUUUUUCAAAGACUGCAGCUGAGGGCUCAAAAGAUCUUUUA